UACUACAGACAGUGUGUUGAAGGCAUUCGUAUUCUAAACACAAGUCUUAUUGAAGAUUUUGAAUAAUUCAUAAUCACAUUAUUAUUAUUUAUUUUUGUUUAAAGACUAAAUAGUGUUAAUUAUAUUUAUAUACUCACAGUUUUUACUUUUUAUUUUAUAAUAAAAGUUAUUAAAUACUAAAAAAAAAAAUUGAUUUUAAAUCGAAUAAAUGUUGUCAACAAAUACUAUACAAUCAUCUUAGAGAAACCACGCUACUAUUAAACGACAGUCAUAAUGCGGUGUACUAGUCUGUUGGUUUGCGUCUCGGCUUUGGUGACAUGCGCCAGUUCCGCAGGUAUUUUGUACCCGCGAGAGUCCGAAUCUCGGGAAGUCAAAUCGUUGGAUGGCAUGUGGAACUUCAGACUAUCUCUUCCCGAUCCCCUUGUCGGUUUCAAGGAGCGCUGGUACAUGAAGGACCUGAGCAAGACUGGUCCAGUGAUUCAAAUGCCAGUGCCAAGUAGUUACAACGACGUGAUAGUAGAUAAAAAAAUCAGAGACCAUGUCGGUCUGGUUUGGUACGAUAAAUCGUUUUUCGUACCUGAGUCGUGGAGGCAGCAGGGUUAUAGAGUUUGUUUGAGAUUCGGCAGUGUUCAUUACGCAGCUCAAGUAUGGGUGAAUACACAUUUAGUACUCAAUCACGAAGUCGGACAUUUGCCUUUUCAAAGAGACAUAACAGCUAAUCUAAAGUUUGGUCGUCUGAAUAGAAUAACCGUAGCCGUGGAUAACGUUUUAUUAGCAACAACUGUGCCACAAGGAUCUUUACAAAACAUUAGCACAAAUACCGGACCUAAGACUAUACAAACGUACAAGUUUGACUUCUUCAACUAUGCCGGUAUACACAGGUCCGUGUUCCUGUACACAACACCUAUUGUGUACAUCGACGAUGUCGACGUGACAACCAAUUACACCGAGGAUGGCGUAGGUAUAAUUAAUUAUAACAUACAAUACGGUGGAUCACUGAGCAGUGGGGAAACGUUGAACUGCUCAGUAACAGUGCUGAACAACGAAAAUGUACGGGAAAAAUUCACUGUGAUCACUAACGACGAAGAAGGUUUGUCGGGUAUUAUAAAAAUCGAAAAUGCGAAACUAUGGUGGCCGUAUUUGAUGCACGAAGAACCGGGAUACAUGUACACGCUGGAGAUCCGGCUUUCGACCACUUGGAAUGUGGACGACGUAUACCGAUUGCCUGUAGGGAUCAGGACUAUCAAGUGGACGAAUACGGCGUUCCUUAUCAACAACAAACCGGUGUACUUGAGAGGGUUCGGACGACACGAAGAUUCAGAUAUACGAGGGAAAGGAAUGGACUACGCGCUGGUGACCAGAGACUACGACCUCAUCAAGUGGAUCGGAGCGAAUUCUUACCGGACGUCUCACUACCCGUACGCGGAAGAAAUUAUGGACUUUGCCGACAGACACGGCAUAAUGAUUGUAGACGAAUGUCCCAGCGUUAACACCGAAGUUUUUUCUGAUAAACUAUUGAAGAAACAUACUACGAGCUUAGCAGAACUCAUUAAGAGGGACAAAAAUAGACCUAGUGUGAUCAUGUGGUCGAUUGCAAAUGAGCCACGAUCGGAUCAGUUAGAAGCCGAUUCGUAUUUCAAGUACGCGGUGGAGUUUGUCAAAUCUAAGGACAAAACACGCCCAGUUACUGCCGCUCUGAACAAAUGGUUCAGCAUUGACAGGGCGGGCCAACACUUAGACAUCAUCGGCUUCAACAGGUACAACGCCUGGUACACGUUACCUGGUCACACGGAGAUCAUCAAGAGCCGGGUAGAAGACGAAGCAGCCAAAUGGCACGCCAAACACAACAAGCCGGUUUUCAUGACGGAGUACGGUGCUGACACGUAUGCCGGUUUGCAUAUGGGCCCUUCGUUCGUUUGGUCUGAAGAAUAUCAGAUAGAACUCAUGUCCGAACAUUUCAAAGCGUUCGACACACUUCGAAGUAAAAAAUUCUUCAUUGGUGAAAUGAUAUGGAAUUUCGCAGACUUUAAAACCGAUCAAACUGUCACAAGGGUAGGAGGUAACAAGAAAGGAAUUUUUACACGACAGCGAGAACCUAAAUCGUCAGCAUAUCAUCUGAGGAAAAGGUAUUGGUCAUUAGCCAACCGUUUGGACGGAGCAGAACUUCCUUGUGACAUUCAAUCUUAUUUUAUAGCUAGCGACAGUCAAAAUAAUAUCGAACUUUAAUAUCGUUUUUGAGUAGUGGUAAUUGUCAACUGUGUUUCAACAGUCUUCCUAAAUAGAUAUAUAAUAUAGUCAUUAGAUAUACUUUAGGAUUUCUAUUCGUGUAUUUAUUGAUAAUAUUAUAAUUUUAUAAUUUUAUAAUAUAAAUGAAAAUAGUUGUUCGUAUCG